GUAAAAAAAGCUGUAUCCUGUGGUAUUCCAGAAUCUCCUGGAAAUGGUUCAGUCUGGGGUAAUGAAUUUAUUUUGGGCAGCAGAGUGAUAUAUGAAUGCAAUGAAGGCUUCAAGCUAGAAUCUAGUCAACAAGCAACAGCAGUGUGUCAAGAAGAUGGAUUAUGGAGUAAUAAAGGAAGCCCACCUGUCUGUAAACCUGUGAUUUGCCCCAGCAUUGAAAGUCUGCUUUCAGAGCAUGUCAUCUGGAGACUGAUUUCUGGGUCAGUGAAUGAGUUUGGAGCACAAAUCAUGUUGAGCUGCAGCCCUGGUUAUUAUUUAGUGGGGCAGAGACUCAUAAUGUGUACAACUAAUGGAACCUGGAGUGAUAAUGAUGAGAGACCAAUAUGUAAGGUUAUUUCAUGUGGAAGUCUUCCAUCUCCACCAAAUGGAAAUAAGAUUGGGACCAUGACCAUUUAUGGAGCCACAGCAAUCUUUACCUGUAACACUGGAUAUACACUUGUUGGGUCUCAUGUGAGAGAAUGCUUAGCAAAUGGACUUUGGAGUGGAACUGAAACACAGUGUCUUGCUGGACACUGUGGUUCUCCAGAUCCAAUUGUAAAUGGUCACAUUAGUGGUGAUGGUUUCAGUUACCGUGAUACUGUGGUAUAUCAAUGCAAUCCCGGUUUUCGACUUGUUGGCACAUCUGUUCGGAUAUGCUUACAAGAUCACAAAUGGUCUGGGCAAACUCCGGUUUGUGUUCCAAUCACAUGUGGCCAUCCAGGAAAUCCUUCGCAUGGUGUGACCAAUGGCAGUGAGUUCAACUUGAAUGAUGUUGUCAACUUCACCUGCAAUACAGGAUAUUUACUUCAGGGUGUCUCCCGAGCACAAUGCCGAAGCAAUGGACAGUGGAGCAGUUCUUUACCUAGUUGCCAAGUGGUGAACUGUUCAGAUCCUGGCUUUGUGGAAAAUGCCAUUCGUCAUGGACAGCAGAAUUUCCCUGAAUCUUUCAAGUAUGGAACCAGUGUGGUUUACCACUGUAAGAAGGGGUUCUAUCUUCUAGGAUCUUCCACUGUAACAUGUAAAGCAAAUGGUUUAUGGGACAGAUCAUUACCCAAAUGUUUGCCAAUAUCUUGUGGACAUCCUGGAGUUCCAACAAAUGCAAUUCUAUCAGGAGAUAAAUUUACAUUUGGAUCUGUAGUUCACUAUUCUUGUGCAGAAAGGCAAACUCUCAUGGGAAACUCUAGCAGAGUGUGCCAGGAAAACAGCCGCUGGAGUGGAACACUCCCUCAUUGUUCAGGAAACAACCCAGGUUAUUGUGAUGAUCCUGGAAUGCCUUCCCAUGGGUCUAGACUUGGUGAUGAGUUCAAGAUCAAAAGCCUAAUACGUUUCUCCUGUGAAAUGGGUUACCAGUUAAGAGGUUCCCCAGAAAGAACAUGUCUCCUUAAUGGAUCUUGGUCUGGUCUGCAGCCAGUCUGUGAAGCUGUAUCUUGUGGAAAUCCUGGGACACCGGCCAAUGGCAAGAUAAUCUAUAAUGAUGGGAUUUCAUUUUCCAGUUCAGUUAUCUAUUCCUGUUGGGAAGGUUACAAGACUUCAGGGCUGACAACUCGCCACUGCACAGCCAAUGGGACAUGGACUGGCAUUGCUCCAGACUGUACAGUGAUCAGUUGUGGAGAUCCAGGUGAACUGGCAAAUGGCAUUCAAUUUGGAAAUGAUUUCUCAUUUAAUAAGACAAUAACCUAUCAGUGCAAUCCAGGGUACCUGAUGGAACCUGUUGGAGCAUCCACAAUCCGCUGUACCAAAGAUGGAACUUGGAACCAGAGUAAACCCAUCUGCAAAGUUAUUACCUGUGGGCCACCUCCCCAGGUACUGUAUGGAAAGGUUGAAGGAUCUGAUUUCCACUGGGGAUCAAGUAUAAGUUAUAGCUGUGCUGAUGGGUAUCACCUUUCCAAUUCUGCUAUCCUUUCAUGUGAAGGUACAGGAGUAUGGAGAGGAGACGUUUCGCAGUGCCUACCUGUCUUUUGUGGAGAGCCUGGUAUUCCGGCUAAUGGGAGACUCAUUGGUAAAAGUUUCACGUACAGAUCUGAAGUAACUUUCCAAUGCAGACCAUCUUUGAUAUUGAUAGGAUCUUCAAGGCGAGUUUGCCAAGCUGAUGGUACUUGGAGUGGAAUUCAGCCAACAUGCAUUGAUCCUGCUCAUAACAGCUGCCCAGACCCUGGAACACCACAUUAUGGAAUCCAGAACAGCUCUACAGGUUAUGAGGUUGGGAGCAGAAUCUUCUUCAGGUGUAGAAAGGGUUACCAUAUACAGGGCUCUACUACAAGAACAUGUCUUUCAAAUUUAACUUGGAGUGGCAUACAACCUGAAUGUAUUCCUCAUGGUUGUAGACAGCCAGAGACACCAGCGAAUGUAGAUGUAAAAGCAAUAGAUCUACCUACCCUAGGCUACACUUUGGUGUAUACGUGUCAGCCGGGAUUUUUUCUUGCUGGUGGAUCAGAACACCGGACAUGUAAACCAGACAUGAAAUGGACAGGAAAAUCACCUGUUUGUAAAAGUAAAGGAGUGAGAGAAGUUAAUGAGACAAUAACUAAAACACCAGUUCCCUCAGAUGUAUUUUUUAUAAAUUCAUUGUGGAAGGGGUUUUAUGAGCAUCUAGGGAAAAGACAAGUUGCAACUCUUACAGUUGACUGGUUCAAUGCUACAAGCAGUAAGGUGAAUGCCACAUUCAUUGAUGCAUCCAGCAUGCAACUUAAAGUAUCAGGUAUUUACAAGAAAGAAGAAGCCCAUUUGCUUCUGAAAAUCUAUCAUGUUAAAAAUCCGAAAGAAGGUUUUGUGAACAAGCCUGAAAACAACAAGUGGGCAUUAGAUGGCUAUGUGUCAUCUGGGCUUGAAAGAGGUGUCUUUACUUAUCAAGGUGAUAUACAUGGAAAAGAUUUUGGAAAAUUUAUGUUCCAAAGAGAAAGUCCUUUAAACGUGGAUGCCGAUCACUCCAAUCACAGCUAUGGUACAAAUAGCAGUUCUGUGGCAGCUGCAAUCCUAGUACCCUUCUUUGCUCUAAUAUUAUCAGGGUUUGCAUUUUACCUCUACAAACACAGAACAAGACCAAAAGUACAGUACAAUGGUUAUGCUGGACACGAAAACAGCAAUGGACAGGCAUCAUUUGAAAAUCCUAUGUAUGAUACAAACUUAAAGCCCACAGAGGCAAAAGCUGUGCGGUUUGACACAACUCUGAACACAGUUUGUACAGUGGUAUAGCCUUCAGUGCCCAAUUUGACUGAUUCAUA